UGUUUGCCCCCGCGAAGCAGCCGACUGAUGCAUUCGCCCUUCUCAUCCAAUCACCCCGACUGACUGUGCUGCCCUCUUCCCGCUGCCCUGACCGUCCUUGCAGACAGCGGCUGCCACCGUCUCCUCUGCUUCUGACAGUUUCCGCUCACGAUGGAUCACAACGGCGGCAGUACCUCUAUCAAGAAACAAGACGAUGGGGACACCUCCGAUUCAAAGGGCACUCCGAAGGGAGACAUGAAGCCCGUUGGCCGAACCCUCAACCGAGUACCUCGCGCAUGUAACGCUUGCCGGAAGCAGAAGAUGAGAUGCGAAGGAGCAGAGAAUCCGCCCUGCCGGAGAUGUAGGCAUGCAGGCUUGGAGUGCCUGUUUGAAAAGCCACAGAGGGAAGCUAGUCUUACGGGCGAGGCGGGCUUAGAACGUAUACGAAGCCUCGAGUCCCACGUCGCGGAUAUACGUCAGACUCAAACCACAAUUCAGAACACCUUACUAGAGAUUGCUUCUCAUCUUCGCGGGGGCGCUCCAUUUCAUUCUCGGUCCCCGUCGUUUCCGGCAUUCGUGCACCAGUCACCGAGCGCCCUAUCCAUGGGGUCUCCGAGCGUUUCGACUCCUUCUACAACAGUACCACACCCUCCGCAGCUCAUAUUGGAUACCUCGCAUACUGGACCGACAUCCCCCUCAAGUAACGGAACUAUGUCUGCUACCAUGGGUUCAACUGCUCAUCGGCCAAAUCGGGAUCCGACACCGACCCAUUAUCGGAGCCCUUCUUUGGGGGCGGCAGGCCGCCGUCCUAUUAGCCAGCACGACGCUCAUGGCUCACAAGUCUCAACCACUGGCAGUAUGAUGUACCCGCCUCCCAAUCCGCCUACACACCGUUUGUCUGCACAGGGAACUACUCUUCCGCCUUUCUCAAGCAUAGAAUCUAUGGGUCCGCCUCGGGGCCAACCUCAGAAUGUAUCCUCCGUACGGUACAACCAGGCAGAAGGCUCUCAGCCAUCGCGGCAGGUCCACCGGACUGCCAACGGUCAGGAAGCGUCCGUCGGGUCGAAGAGAGCUGCACCAACGUCUUCCAACGUCACAAGCGCGGACUCCUCUGACGUCGAAGACGACGACGGGGAGCUCCCUGCUUCUGGUCUAGUAGCGCCCUGGGAAGUGCUGAGGGGCCUGGCCGACGUCGCCAUCCAGCGAGCCGCCAAGGAGAAUGGGGGUGAGGUGAGCGAGCCUCCGAGCCGCGCCCGGACACCGUCACCGGACCCGCGUCAGCCCCGUCCACCAAAGCGACGAAAAGUGAACCAUAAACAGCCUAGGUUUGCUACUUUCCCUGAUGUCGUUACGAAGAAGAUUAUACCCGAGUCGGAAGCCCGAGAACUCUUCCGGAUAUUUUAUCAUGGCUGCUCUACGUUCUUACCUGUGUUCGACGUCAAUGUGGAUACAUUCGAAGCUCUUCACGAACGGUCACCCUUUGCUGUAGACUGUAUAUGUAUGGUCGCAGCACAAAUCCGCGAUGGAGGAGGCAAACCGAGUGAAACCUCCCUCAAAUGUCAGGAAGAAGUACAAGCUAUAUCUUGUGCUACCCUCUUUUCGCCGGUGACCCGACAAGAAGCUGUACAAGCAAUGAUUCUUGUGUCCGGGUGGUCAGACAAUGGCUGGUUGAGUGGAGGUCAUGCAGUACGCAUGGCCAUGGAACUGUCGAUGCACAAGGCGUGGCCCGAGUUACUGAAGAGAAUGAAGGCCAACAAGGCGUCCGACUCGCCAAAGGACCGUCAGUUGGUGAUAUCUGCCAGAACUUGGUUCUGCUUAUAUCUUUUUGAACAUCAGAUGUCAUAUGGGACUGGCAGACCGUCGAUCCUCAAGGAUGAUGAAAGCAUAUGGCAAUGUCGGCUUUUGUUGCAACAUCCGUUGGCCAUCGAGGACGACAUGCGUCUGGUUUCCACGGUUGAGCUGAUGGCUAUUCGUGAACGGGUAAACAACAAUCUAUCACCACUUUUCGACAAACCCGUGGAUGAUAUAACGUUCAAUGUGCUCCGCGAAGCCGACAUGGAAUUUCGCAAUUGGUAUGCUACGUGGGACCAGGCAUUCUCGCAGAAGUACGAAGACGCUGCUUUCUAUCGCCAGAGUCUGCAGAUACAGCAUCUUCAUGCGGAAUUGUACCACAAUGCUACGGCCCUCAGAGGCGUCGAUAGUCCCGAAGAUGUUCUCAGAAUGCCCCCUGCCCAACGCGAUCUAGCUAUCAGGUCAAUACAGAUCGGGUGUCAGGUACUCGAUAUUACUGUCAAUUCUCCUGCAUACAGGGAGGGGAUGAAAUAUGCUGUGCACUAUACCCAUGCAACUGCAACCUUCUCAGCCUCAUUUUUGUUGCGCUUAGCACGACUCUUCCCUGAUCAGUGCGACAUGGGGGAAGUGCGAAAGAUGGUGGAGCGUCUUGCUACACUUCUUGCUGAAGUUCCCGGGAAGCGUUACGCCCUCACGUUACAGUUGAUGCUAAAGCGUUUCCGGAAACGCUCUGCUUCUACUUCACGUUCUCCCCGAACCGCCCGCCCACGAUCACAAAGUGGCGCUAGUUACACUCACGAACCCAUGGGUUCGGCGCCGAGUCAACAACCCGCACCGUCCAACUACGAGGCCUCAUAUUCGAACCCCCAGAACACAACCGCCAUGGGCCAGAUACAAAUGGGUUUCUCCCAACCCAUGACACAGUAUGCCCCGACUGCGGAUCCCAACAUAGAUCUUAUAUGGCGCGGAUUCGACACGACCGCUAACGAGCAACUCCCAGUGUGGCUAUCCGACCAAACACUUGGUGGCGGCUCUGUGAUGCAGAACGGUAUGGAUGCGUUCCUGCUGCCGAACGACUACUUGCCACCCGCCCCGCAAAUUUGGUGAUGUACUCUCUGUAGCCCUAUUGACGCACUUGCUGUUGUGAUCGCGUUGUUAAUAGCUGUACGUGUCGUUCACACUGGGACUUUCCGUGUACUCGAUGUGAGUUAUGCUUGCUAUAUCAUGCUGUAUCGCUACUGGAAUGCAUUUUUGGAUUUAUCUGCCCGUGUAAGAACA